CUCUUCCGCGCGGUGGUUGUGAGGGCGGCGCGACGGCCUCGGGAGACCGGGCAGCGCGGAGCUGUAUAGUUAAAAAUGUGCUGUGAAAUAAAGAGGAGGUUUUUGCUGCUUUAUGCAACACAGAAGGGACAGGCAAAAGCCAUAGCUGAGGAAAUAUGCCAGCAGGCAGAUGCACAUGGAUUUGAACCUGAUAUUCACUGUAUAACUGAGUCUGACAAGUAUAAUCUGGUAACAGAAAAGGACCCUCUUGUUAUUGUUAUUUCCACUACUGGUACUGGAGACCCUCCAGACACAGCUUGCAAGUUUGUUAAGGAAAUUAAAAACAAGACCCUGCCACCUGAUCAUUUUGCACAUCUACGUUAUGGAUUGUUAGGUCUGGGAGAUUCUGAAUACAUGUUCUUCUGCAAUGGUGGGAAGAUAGUAGACAAACGACUCCAGGAACUCGGUGCACAGCAUUUCUAUGAGACUGGACUGGCGGAUGAUUGCGUAGGUUUGGAAAUAGUGGUUGAGCCAUGGAUCGAUGGGCUUUGGCUUGCCCUUAGAAGAGAAUUUACGUCACGGAACAUAAAAGAAGACAUGAGCAACAAUCUCAGGGCUGUGUCUAAUGGUGUCUCUGCAAUGACUGUAGACCCAAGCAUGUCAGGAGCAUGCAGCUUAGACUCAGAAAUACAGCAUUUGAAGCUAGAAGAUUUAGAAGUGAAGGCUACUGAUACUUUAUCCCAAAGACCAGCUAAUGUUCAUUCUGUCGUGUCUGUUCAAAAUACUGAACCUUCACUUGAUCGAUCAGUCCCUCCUCUUUCAAAGUCCACUCUUAAUAUUCCUGCUCUGCCAUCAGAAUAUAUAGAUGUACAGUUUCAGGACAGCACUGGCCAGGAACUGAGUGUGUCCUCAUUGAUUUCAGAUGGUACAGUCUUCCAUGUUCCAGUGACCAAAGCAGUUCAGCUCACUAGGGAAGAUGCAGUAAAAACAGCUUUGCUGUUAGAACUUGAUAUUUCAAAAACAACAUUUUGCUACCAACCUGGAGAUGCCUUCUGUGUCAUAUGUCCCAACAAUGCCAGGGAGGUGCAAGAACUUCUUCAUAUCUUGGGACUUUCAGAAAGGAAAGAGUGCUUCGUUUGCUUAAAAAUUAAACAAGCCACUAAAAAGAAAGGAGCAGCUCUGCCAGAGCAUAUACCUGAAGGAAGUACCGUGGAAUUUAUUCUUACCUGGAGUCUGGAAAUAAGAGCAGUUCCCAAAAAGGCAUUUUUACGAGCUCUUGUAGAAUACACCAGUGAUGCCAGAGAAAAGCGAAGGCUUCAGGAGCUGUGCAGCAAACAAGGAGCCUCUGAUUACAAUAGUUUCAUCAGAGACCCUAAUAUCUGCUUAUUAGAUUUACUCCAUGUUUUUCCAACGUGCAGACCUCCACUUAAUCUGCUGAUAGAACAUCUUCCUAAACUGCAAGCCAGGUCCUAUUCAGCUUCAAGCUCCAAUUUAUUUCAACCAGGAAAACUGCAGUUUGUUUUUAAUGUUGUGGAGUUUCCAUCCUCCCCAUCUCGACUGGUUUCACGAAAAGGAGUGUGUACAGGUUGGCUUGCUGAGUUAGUUGAACCAAUGCUUCAGCCACAUAAAAACUCUCUAAACACAAAGGAAGGAAAAUCAUCAACUGUAAAGGUCUCUAUUUUUGCUCGUCCAAUCAACACUUUCCACUUACCUUCAGAUCCAUCUGUCCCUUUUAUGAUGGUGGGUCCAGGAACUGGAGUUUCACCUUUUAUUGGUUUCCUGCAACAUAGACAGAAACUCCAAGAAGAGCAUACGGACUGGAAUUUUGGAGAGACAUGGCUGUUUUUUGGCUGCCGACAUCAGGACAGAGACUACUUAUUCAGAGAUGAGCUCAGAAGUUUUGUUGAAAAUAGCACAUUAACUCAUCUUAAGGUUUGUUUCUCAAGAGACCCUCCAGCUGCAGCAGAAAAAAAUCCAACCACAUAUGUGCAAGACAACAUUCGACUUUGUGCUAAAGAGGUUGCCAGAGUCCUGCUGAAGGAGAGAGGUUGUUUCUAUGUAUGUGGAGAUGCAAAGCACAUGGCUAAAGAUGUGAAUGAUACUUUAGUGGACAUUUUAAGCACUGAUGCUGGAGUUGACAAAUUGGAAGCAAUGAAAAUCCUGGCUACAUUACGACAAGAAAAACGCUAUCUCCAGGAUGUCUGGGCCUAA